AUGGCCUGCUGUCUGUCGGAGGAGGCGCGCGAGCAGAAGCGCAUCAACCAGGAGAUCGAGAAACAGCUUCAGCGUGAUAAACGCAAUGCACGAAGAGAGCUCAAACUUCUCUUAUUAGGUACUGGAGAAUCAGGGAAGUCGACGUUCAUUAAACAGAUGCGAAUUAUUCACGGGAACGGUUAUUCAGAUGAAGAUAAACGGGCUCAUAUUCGACUAGUUUAUCAAAAUGUCUUCAUGGCCAUACAAUCAAUGAUUCGUGCAAUGGAUACGCUUGGCAUUGAGUUUGGCGACCCUUCAGAAGAACUGCAAGAGAAAGCAGCGGUCGUACGUGCAGUGGACUUCGAGAGCGUUACUUCUUUCGAGGAGCCUUAUGUGUCGUACAUCAAAGAACUCUGGGAAGAUAGUGGCAUCCAGGAGUGUUAUGACCGCCGGCGAGAGUACCAACUAACUGACUCAGCUAAGUAUUAUCUGUCGGACCUUCGACGGUUAGCAGUGCCAGACUAUUUACCGACAGAACAAGACAUUCUGCGGGUUCGAGUACCUACGACCGGUAUAAUAGAGUAUCCCUUCGAUUUGGAGCAGAUAAUUUUUAGGAUGGUUGACGUCGGAGGACAACGUUCUGAGCGACGGAAGUGGAUCCACUGCUUCGAAAACGUCACUUCAAUUAUGUUCCUGGUUGCGCUGUCGGAGUACGAUCAAGUUCUGGUCGAGUGUGACAAUGAGAACCGUAUGGAAGAGUCGAAGGCGCUGUUUAGGACAAUUAUCACAUAUCCAUGGUUCACGAAUUCGUCCGUCAUCCUCUUCCUGAACAAAAAAGAUUUACUGGAAGAGAAGAUAUUAUAUUCACAUUUAGCUGACUAUUUUCCGGAAUACGACGGUCCUCCACGAGAUCCGAUAGCUGCGCGCGAAUUCAUACUGAAAAUGUUCGUCGAUUUGAACCCGGAUGCAGACAAGAUCAUUUACUCCCAUUUCACAUGUGCAACAGAUACCGAAAACAUCCGUUUCGUGUUCGCUGCUGUAAAGGACACGAUUCUGCAGCAUAAUCUCAAGGAGUAUAAUCUGGUGUAA